AUGCCAAACUAUUUCAACAAUUCCCUGGCAAUCGUGCGCAUACAAAUAAUCGGUGCGCUGUUCUUUAUCGGUAAAGUGUACUUCUUCAUAGGCGCAAUCAACGCUGUGCUAGCAACGCUUGCCGUUGCACUGAUCAGUGCUAUCAGCUCUGUGAUGGUGAUACAGGUCAAAGAACACGUGUGUAGAAAGGGCAGGGGCAAGGAUGCAGAGUGUGCGUGUGAGAAGGGCGGUGGUGCCCGUCAGCUCGGUGCAAUCUUUGGUGUUAAUGACGGGUGCACGGUGAAUGAUGGCAAUUGCAGCGAAUUAAUCGAUGAUGAACUUCUAGAAGAGAACGGCAUCAUGCAUAAGCGGCCUUACAGCGAUGAGUACAACGGUGCGUGCAAUGCAUAUGAUGCGCAUCAUGGCGCGCAUGAUAAAAAUAAGAAUGGCACUGGCAAAACGAACAAUGCGGUGCAUAAGAAGCGUUUUUAUGGCACGAAGGAGCAGAAGAGCAUUGGUGAGGGGUUUCAUGCAGAGCGAGCGUGUGAUGGAGGGGGCGGUAAGAAGAAUCGUGUGGACGUGAAUAAAGAAAUUGUUAAAAGGGGGUUUUUGGCAGGAGAGGGUACCAGCGAAAGAACGCGUAGCAAAACGGGCAUUACCGCUGAAAAGAGCACAACGUGCACCCACGGCAAGCAAACACGUGAUAAGCACAGCAUCAAUGGUGUACCGUGUGCUAACUGUGAUCAGGAGGACCAAAAACGAGGCGUAAACCGCCUGUCCACCAAAACACAUGCUGUGAACGAGAAGUGCUGCAAAAAUGCACAGGCAGGCCAACCGCGUAAUAACAAUCGAAGCGGUGCUGCUCCUCCUGUUGCAAAGCGGUGCUCAGCACCGCAGUGUACGCGUGGUUCUUCUACCGAUAAAAAUGCACUCCGUGUAACUGACAAGAAGACAAACCAUGCAAUGCAUGAAAUCAACAACCAUGAAAAAAUAAGAACGAGCAAAAAAGAUCAUGCGCAUUGCAGCAGCACAGAGGAUGGCACAGAGGAGCAAAUACUCGUGUACAGAACGAGCAGCACGGAGAAUAAAAACAAUACGAACCGUAAACUGCACAUGAACAGCAAAGGGUGUGCUGGUGGUGCGGAAGGAAAUGAGCAUGAACUGAACCGUUUGGUCAGAUACAGCAGGAGUGAUGGUGAGGAGGGUAAGGUAAGUGCUGGUGGUGCUGAGCAAAGAAACGGUGUGAGUGAGUUUGAGAGUACGGUGCGUGAAACGGACCACAAGAAGGGCGGUCUAACGCAUGAGCAUGAAAAGAAAGACAAGGUCAAUGCGUUGGCAGUGCAUAAAAAGAAAGACAAGGUCAAUGCGUUGGCAGCGCAUAAAAAGAUAGACAAGGUCAAUGCGUUGGCAGCGUAUAAAAAGAUAGACAAGGUCAAUGCGUUGGCAGUGCAUAAAAAGAAAGACAAGGUCAAUGCGUUGGCAGCGCAUAAAAAGAUAAAAAAGGAACAAAGCAUUGUUAAAAAAGCAGGGAGUAGCAGCACAAGGAGUGGUACCGCCGAAUCGAUCGUAACAAUUCCGAAGAACAAAAAGAUAAAGGAAAUGGCAGUAGAGGAGAGCAUAACAUACGAUGCCCUUGUACGGCAGGUACUAGGAAGCAAGGUGAGCACGUUCUUCUUUCUGUGCAAUUUGGUGCUCGAUCUUACCACCCUGGUCGUGAAUCUGAAGGUGAGCUACAAUUUCUUGGAAGAGAUCCUUAAAUUUGAUGCUAAGCUCAUUCUGGGCACAAUUUUUUUCAGCACGUUCCUUAUGUUUGACAAGGGGCACUUCAUCGUUGGUGUAGGCGAAGCGAUCAUGAUCGUUAUUUUCAUCGGUGCAUCGGUGAUUGAGCACCUCUACCACCACACGAAGGUGUCUGCCAGUGUGUGCAGCACAACCGAUGCAUUAGCGCUGUUCCAUGCCCUGCACAACACCGCGUUCCUCAUCUGGUCGUUCUACACGCAGCCGUUCGUGCUUGAACACCAGAAAAAGCACGUGAUACUCUUCAACGCACUCACCUGCUGCACGCUAACAAGCCUGGGCAUAAUAAGGCACCUCACGUUCCUCAAGACCAACAACCACUUCCUAACGGUUCCGUACAUGAAUGACAUGCUACGUCUUCUAAUCGUAGUUCUGCAGCUGCUCACGUUCUCCAAGCUCAUAAAUACGAUGUGCACAAGACGUGUGGUGCGCAUUUCCAUCUUUGUUUUCGUGUUCGUGUGUUCGUUGUUUGUUGGUAAUUUUUUUUACUUGAAGGCGCUCUUCUUCCUCUUUGGAUCGAUGUGCAUGUUUGUUGUACCGUUUGGCAUGCAUGUGAAGUGCUAUGGGAUGGGGUGGAACGGUGUUGUGGGGGGUGUAGGAGUGUUAGGGGUUGUUUAUGGGGCGUUGAUGCUAUUUGUGGUUAAGAAUGUGUGAUAUUGUAGGGUGAUGUAGGGAUGUAAUAUUAGGGUAUUGUAAUAUUAGGGUGUUGUAAUAUUUAGGGUGUGGUAAUAUUGGUUGUAGUACAGGGUUGUAGUAUAGGGUUGUAUUAUUGGUUGUACUAUAGGGUUGUAGUACAGGGUGAUGUAGGGUUGUAAUAUUUAGGGUGUGGUAUUAUUAAUUGUAAUAUUAAUUGUACUAUAGGGUUGUAAUAUUAAUUGUACUAUAGG